AUGGAGUCAAAGGUUGAGAAAGCCAUGAUUAGCUUUAAUCCAGAAUCUAAAACAACCCUUGAUCAUAAUCCUCAACCCAAAAAAACAUCAAAAAGAUCUAAGAACAUUUUUAAGGUUGUAUUAUUAAUGAUGCGAGGGCAUUCUCGUAAAUCAACAAAAGCGGUUUUUCCCGUUGAGGAUGAGUCAAAAAGUACAUGGAGGAAGAUUGUGGGGUCCAUGAGACCCAUGCAUCUUCAAAGCAAUCAAUCGCCACCGCGAAUUAUCAACGGUGAGAAUAAUCUUAAAAAUGUGGCCAUUGAAGAAAAUAAUAAUGUUGAUAUUCAAGGUAAGGAUGGGUUUGAUUAUGAACCGGAGUCUUCGUUAUCGCCAUCUCCGGAUAGUAGCCGAUAUGUUUCGGCGACUAAUAGCCUUUACGCUUCAGCGGUAGGGCUAAAUGAAAUGGUUGAGGAGGAGAAAGAGGAAGAAAUUGGUGAUGAUGGUGAUGACAUGAUUGAUGCUAAAGCUGAAGAGUUUAUUGCUCAAUUUUAUCAAGAAAUGAGGUUGCAGCUUAUGGAUGAUAUUGUGGAUCAUCGUUACAAAGAGAUAAGUAUGAGGUCAUUAGGAUUAUAAAUUUAUGAUCUAGUUGCUCGUACACAUUGCAAUGAUCAUGAAUGUUGUGGUUGCAUUCUUUGUAUAUAGUUGCA